AUAUGUGCAUCUUACUUUCAGAGAGAGGGAGAGAGAGAGAGUAAGACAAGAGGAAAAAGAGAGGACUUUUGAUUUGUUUUUGUUCCUUUAAAUGGGAAUGUUUAAUGUCCAGCCCAGCAGACAAAUCUGACGAGAGUCUGCACGACUGGCUUGACCUGCAGUCGCAGGUUUAAACCGACCUGGUACAGACUCGGAUGUGGUGGCCGCGUUACUGUGUACUUUAUUCUGUUCUGUUAUGGUCUCUUACCCUCUCAGCUUCUCUCUCUACAUGACUGUAUGUAAGAGUGAGUGUGUGUGUGUGUGUGUGUGUGGGUGGGUGUAUGUGUGUGUGUGCGUACUGGUAGUAGAACUGGCGUGUGUGUUUGUACCGAUGCCUUCUCUGCCCGUCCUGUCUGAAUGGGGGGCUAACAGUGGGCAUUGGCAGGACGGUGAAAUCGAGUGGACAGAUUGCAAAGCCGGAGGACCGCACAAGAGUGGAAGGGCACAGAGGAAUCAGGGCUCCCCUCAGGUCCUGGAUUGUGGCAGAGCGAUGGUGUGUAUUUUAGACCCUUGAAGGUCACUGUGGUUUGAUCCAAAACGCUGUUUGAGCAAUGGAGCGCAGGCGUGACAGCCAGGAACCGUUCUACCGGAUCACCGGUUCUGGCCCCAAGACCAGCGCGGAGAUAGUGCAGGAGGCCCGACAGUCACUGCGGACGUUGCGCACCCAGCGACCUUUCACCCCGCGAGACGAACACCGCCAGCUAUUUGGGGAGGGCUCUUCUCGACCCCGGGAUGGACGCCCUCCCUCUGCUUUCAGCCUGCACGCCCGCAACUUUGAAGCGCCGGACUCCAGGCCAGGCUCUGGGACACGGCUCUCUCCCUUAGACCAUGUGAGUAAAGUCUCUCUUCCUCUCUCUCUCCCUCUCUCCCUUUCUCUCUUUCUCUCUCUUUCUCUCUCGCUCUCACUCCUAUAUGGUGUCAAUUUGAAUCUAUUCAAAAAGGGCUUUACUGGCAUGCCAAGAAUUAGUGUUGCUCAUUUAGUGUUGCCAACAUCUAAGAAAGAACAGAACAGAACAGAAAAAGUAGAACAUAUGUGUUGUCUGUCUCUCUUGGUCAGUCAUAUAAAGUGUGCUGCCCUGUCCCCUCAGAGCUCCGUAAAUGGGAAUAAAUAUAAAGAGGUUGGAGAUGGAGAUGGAUCAGGCACAGGAAGUGAUGUCACAGAAGAGUCAUUCUGGAAUUCAGUGGUUUCUCCGGUCCUGGAGAAGUUUGAGGCUGUAGCUACAGGAGGCAGCCCAUCAGAGGAGGUGGUGAGGCGGCUGUGUGACGAGUGUUCUGGUCUCCAUGGCGCCCUGCAGGAGCACGGCAUGCUGGGUAGGAGACUGAGGAAGAGGGCCGCGCUGCUGAGGUCCCUCUAUAGACUCAUAGACCUGGGAUCAGACCAGCUCAACCUGCUGCUGGCCAAACUCAUACUGGCACUGGAAGUGAGUGGAAACAACCUUCUGAACAUUUGCAAACUCAUGUUCAAAAUCAGCCGCAGUGCCAGCAAUGAUACACUUUUCCACAACAACUCCAUUAUAGACUCCCUGCUGAGUGUGCUGCGCAGCAAGGAUGUGAGUGUGUGUGGAGAGGCACUGCUCUACUGCGUGGCCACGCUCAAGUUCCUCUCUGGAAACAGCGCCCUCCGGAGGCUGCUCCUGGAAAAGGACUGCAUCGGUGUCCUGAGUCAGCUCACACACAGACUCACACACGCUCCGUCCGAACGGGACAGCACGGGGCCCACACACACCACUGCUGGACACAUCCUUGUACAGUUGACCGCCACCUUCAGGAACAUGGCGGACCUCUCUGAGUCUCGGCCCUCCUUUGUCUCCAACGGGGUUCUAACGGAACUCACUACGGUCCUAGAUCAUCACUACGCCGACCCAGACGUAUGCACCAACGUGGCCCGAAUAUUCAGCAAGCUGUCCUCCUAUAACGAGUGCUGCUUGGCCUUGGCAGAGAUUCCUCAGUGCUGCAGGAUAUUUAUAGACCUGUUGGGCAAACACAGCAAGAAGCAGGACCUGGUGGUGCGCUUGUUGUUUACGUUGGGGAAUCUGGCGGCCCGUAGCCCCGAGGCCCAGCUGCAGAUCUAUGAGGAGCGGGGAGCGGUCGACACCCUCCUGCGUCUCCUCCACAGCUACCAGGAGCCCAGCACGGCCCCGGGCGACCCCUUGGGCCCUCGCGGCCCCCCAUCUCGGCCGCCGCCGCCGCUGCCCGGGGCCGCGGAGAGGGAGGACGUCCUGGUGAAGCUGGUCAGGGUGCUGGCCAACGUGUCCAUACACCCGACCGCAGGGACGGCGCUCGCAGCCAACAAGGAGUGUGUGGGACUGCUCCUGAAAGUGCUGGAGCGAUGCUCAGUGGAGCUGAGUGAAGAGUUGAUGGUGAAUGCGGCAGCCACCAUCAACAACCUGUCCUUCUACCAAGGAGAGAGCUCUGAGAUCCGCAGGAGGCAUGCACACCUCUCCCACUUGUUGUUGAAGUUGUUGUUAAGCUCCAGUAUGGCGGCUGUGCUGGAGGCCACGCGUGUGUUUGGGAACCUGUCUCAGAUCUCAGAUGUCCGGCUCUUCAUCAUGGAGCACAAAGUGCAUCAAUUUGUGGUGACACUGCUGGACUCCAAGAGCUCAGACGUAUGUUACUCUGCGUGUGGCGUCCUCAUCAACCUCUCAUCAGAGCCACACAACAGACACACACUGAGGCAGGAGGGAGCCAUACACAAGUUGGCAGAAUGCCUGCGGGACUUUGGGCCGUAUGAUUGGCAGCUGGCUGGACUGGUGUGUCAGACCCUGUGGAACUGCACAGAGGACGGCAUGGAGGAUGAGACCACAGAGCUGCUACACACACUCUCAAUUUACCUAGACGAGGAGGAGGCUCUGUCCUAUUCGGCCAGUGACGGUGACACCAUGCGCGAGCUUCACCAGGCAUGCUGGGAACUGGAGUUCCGUCCUGUCGCCCAGAGGCUGUGCAGGCGGUUCCAGGUUCAGGAGGCAGCAGAACCAAUCAGAGAGGGUCAGGCGGCAGCUGAACCAAUCAGAGAGUUGUCCUGAGCCGCCCCGGUGGUUUGUGCUUAUGUGUGUGUGUUUACGUUACCGUGGUGCGCAAGUCAGGGAAUGCACUGCACUUUAACACUUGUGUAUCAUGGUUAAUUGGGAGAUAUUUCCACCCAAUACUUUGUUUCUUACUGAUGAUGAACAGACAGUAAUGAACAAGUGUGACUGAUAAUGAGAUGUUUGCACUUUUUUUUUACCCUAAAAAAAGUUAUUUUGUGUUGUGAAA